AUUGAUUUGUUAGCGGGUAGUACAGCUUUCUGAGGGUGGCUGCUGCUCUAGCAGUGUUAUGCUGCCUAGCAACACUGCAUGUGCGACUUGCAUGCUAGUGAAACUCAGCACUAAUCUCGAGGUGCAAAGUGCAACACUAGGAGUUAGUUUAGUGGAGAGUGUGAGGCGAGGUGUGAGCAGUAAUAGUAGCAGAGAGUGUGAGGCGAGGUGUGAGCAGUAGUAGUAGCAGAGAGUGAGGCGAGGUGUGAGCAGUAGUAGUAGCAGAGAGUCGUGGUGUAGCAAGAAGUGCUGCCAGUACCCGGCCUCACACACCACACUACAGUCAUGUCCACACACAGACCUGAUGAUCUUAGUAAACCCCACAAUGGUGUUACUAAUGACUUCACCCCCAAGACGCCUUUCUUGAUAGGAGUGGCUGGUGGCACCGCCUCGGGCAAGUCAACAGUAUGCAAAAGAAUUAUGGAGAGGCUAGGACAGGAUGACAUAGAACAUUCCCAGCGUCGUGUGGUCUGCAUUUCUCAAGAUGCAUUUUAUCGUCCUCUAAAUGCAGAGGAAAGUUCAAGGGCUCUCAAGGGUGUCUUUAAUUUUGAUCAUCCUGAUGCUUUUGACAACGAACUUAUUUUGAAAACACUCCAUCAAAUUCUGGGUGGCAAAAUCUGCAAAAUUCCAAACUAUGAUUAUGUAACAAACUCAAGAUUGGAGAGCACGACCACUAUAUACCCUGCAGAUGUGGUGCUGUUUGAAGGUAUCCUCAUGUUCUACCAACCUGAGAUCAGAGCACUCUUUCACAUGAAGCUGUUUGUUGACUCUGAUGCAGAUACAAGACUGGCCAGACGAGGUAUUUUGUAUUACACUUUUUAAUAAGAGAAUGAUUGCAGGUUGUUCAUCAGG